AUCCGCCUAAGUCUAUGGCAGUACUUUUAGCCUGUUUUAAAAAAAAAUGCUUGUUCGACCAGAAAUAAUUUGUUCAAGAUUAUGGUUUACUUUUGCAAAAAAAUUAAAAAAAUGUCGCCCUUUACCAUUAUUUUGUCUUCACAGAAACGAAACUUGUGUCAUGAAGAAAUGUGAUGUACGCUGUGCAAGCUCUCAUGGAAAAUGCAAUCCUCAAACUGGUAAAUGUGAAUGCUGUCGCGGUUGGUCUGGACCUAAUGGCAGUUAUAAUAGUGGACUUGAUCGAUAUGUUGCAGAUUAUUGUGAUAAAGAAUGCCAAUUCCUUGGGACAAGCGUAGCUAAUCCUGAGUGCAAAAAACUUCCAGAAGUUGUGCCACCAUGCGACCCCAAGUGUUCCAAUAGUGAAGGUGUCUGUCUCCCUGGUGGUAGAUGCAAAUGUUGUACCGGUUGGACUGGACCAAAUGCAAGUCAUUACAGCUCUGACAAUGGCGAAAAUGUGAUUGUUGCAGAUUAUUGCAAUGUGUACUGUCCUUAUACAUCUGACAACCUAAAUGAAUUAUGUCUUCGACCAAACUACAUUGAAAGAUUGGCUCGUGCUGGACAAAUGGUGACUGUGUAAACGUGUGAAAGAAGAAAGAAGAAGAGAGAGCUUCGGAAAUAUUCAGAACAUUCGUAUCUUAAGCGCACACUUACAGUAUAUAAAUUUUGCACUUGUGUUUUUCUGUAUUUUCUAAGAAUAACACAAUACUUUUUAUUUGAGUUUUGUUCUUAUAAACAGUCCCUUUUUUUCAUUAUAUAAAUGUCAUUGAUCAGGCAGGGAAAAAUGGAUUCAUUGAAUAGACUAAAUGUUUUGAAUAC